AUGACUUCCUUCGAAGCAGACCGUCCGGCCUUUGGUGCCAUGCAUAGCAAUUGGGUCGUACAAAAGUUUGGCGGCACCAGUGUUGGCAAGUUUGCUUUAAACAUUAUCGAGCAGGUGGUCCAACCUAGCCUCGCUGACAACAGAGUUGCUGUUGUAUGCUCAGCAAGAAGCAGUUCUACAAAGGCAGAGGGCACUACCAACCGGUUACUGCGGGCAGCCCGGGAUGCAGAGAACUCCCACUCCCAACAAUAUAAGACCUUCGUCGAGGCCGUACGGCUGGAGCAUGUCGAAGUGGCCCAAGAACAGAUCCAAUCAGUGGAGCUAAGGGACCAAGUGGUUGCCGAUAUUAGUGAAGAAUGCGAACGAGUGCUAAAGGUCCUCGAGGCCGCCCAGACCCUCGGGGAGAUCAGUGCUCGUUGCGUGGACAAGGUGAUGAGCGCCGGUGAGAAGCUUAGCUGCCGCCUCAUGGCCGCGUUCUUGCAAGAUCGUGGAGUUGACUCACAAUACAUUGAUCUCGCCGACGUGAUCGAUUUCCCCAUCGGCGCCCACGGACUCGAUCAGGACUUUUACAACUCCCUGGCAGCGGCUCUGGGCAAGCUGGUCGCAGGUUGCGGGCACCGAGUGCCUGUGAUCACAGGUUACUUCGGUACCAUCCCCGGUGGUCUGCUGGAUCAGGUCGGCCGUGGUUAUACCGAUCUCUGUGCUGCCCUCGUCGCCGUUGGAACUCAUGCCAAGGAACUCCAGGUCUGGAAGGAAGUCGACGGUAUCUUUACGGCUGAUCCACGCAAGGUCCCCACGGCCCGACUCCUUCCUGCUAUCACCCCCGCCGAAGCGGCCGAAUUGACCUUUUAUGGAUCCGAGGUGAUUCACCCUUUCACCAUGGAGCAGGUGAUUCGCGCCAAGAUCCCUAUCCGCAUCAAGAACGUGAUGAACCCCAAGAACCGCGGCACCGUUAUUUUCCCCGAUUCCACCGCCGAGUUGGAGCGCACCACACCCGGCCACGACCCCCGCCUCUUCCGCACGCGGAGCCCGAGCUUCAUGCAAAAGCCGAAGCGGCCGACUGCCGUGACCAUCAAACACAAGAUCCUGGUGAUCAACGUACACUCGAACAAGCGGUCAUUGUCCCACGGCUUCUUUGCGGGCAUUUUCUCCGUGCUGGACAAGUGGCGUCUGUCCAUUGAUCUGAUCUCGACCAGUGAGGUCCACGUGUCGAUGGCCCUUCACUCGGAGAUGCCUUUGCUCAAUGGCAAUGGCCGGGAUGACUACCAGGUCAUCGAUGAUGACCUGAAGGGAGCGCUGAAUGACUUGGCCAAGUACGGAACGGUAGACAUCAUUCCUGAAAUGGCCAUUCUCAGCUUGGUCGGCAAGCAGAUGAAGAAUAUGAUCGGUGUUGCCGGGCGUAUGUUCACUACCCUGGGGGAGAACAAUGUGAACAUUGAGAUGAUUUCACAAGGUGCCAGUGAAAUCAACAUCUCCUGCGUCAUUGAAGAGCGUGAUGCCGACCGCGCUCUUAACAUCAUCCAUACUAGCAUGUUCACCUUCUUGGAUUAGAGGUCCUAGGAGUCGUUGAGCAACC